GUAGUGAAUUAAGCGCAUGCGCAAAUAACUUCAGCACAACAUUGAAUUCAACUGGCACACAAAAACUUACAGCGGGCUCGCGCACAAACGAGAAUGCGUGCCUGCACAUCGUUCGCUGCAGUUUGAGAGCUUGCUGAAGCGAUUUCAGUAAGACCUCAUACUUUUGUGCCAAAAACCGCCAUAUUAUCCGUCUUGCAUCUUGGAUAAGAGAUGAUGGGUCCAUAGCAGACGCAUUAGGUGUCCUGAAUCUCAACCAAAGAGGAACAACAACUGAGGCGACCGCUGAAAACAACAUCCGAAGUUGGUAUGAAGCAGCGCGCUUUGUAAGGAGUCAACGGAACCAUUUGUCCAGGAUUUUUGGUCAAUUCUGCAUAAUAUCCAUUGCGUGUUUAUAACUUAAAAAGCAGAUCGCUUUGGUUGAGUUAACUAAAUCUUUAGCUGGUGUCAUGAUGAUGAACUCUAGAUGCGCGCUAUUUUGUUCAGCUGGUUGGAAGUCAACGGUGCUGUCCAGCGUCCUGCUUGUUUACAUCAUACCGUUAUAUGCUAAUGGUAGUUCAUUCAUCUCCAAUUCUACUUACACAAACUCCUCUAAAUCAAAUGGGGUGGGGCUUAAAGCUGCACUUCUGGGUGAGGCCACACACGUCAUCCAUGCCCAGGUUCACUCUCGGAAACCACGAGCAGGAGAGGAACCUGGCAGCGGUGGAGAAAGUGGGACCACAACCAGUGUCAAGUCAUCUGAGCGGGAACACCUGAUGGAUCUGGCUGCCAAACUUCCCACACUGGCUGCACCCCGAACACGAGGCCGGUCCGAACUAGAUUUUAAUGAGGAGGGCAUCAAGGACACCGGCCCAGGCCCGAAGAGUGAGAUACUACAAGCAGAUGGGACGUUUUUAGAUGUCGACCAGACACAUGCAGACACAGAUCAUGAGUCCACCCAUUCCCCAACUGAAGAAAUCAUCACGGUUGAUUUUUACAAUCCUCCUCCUCAUCAUCAUAUCAACGACGACCCUCCUGCUUGGGCUCAGGAGCUUCAGGGAGGAGAUCCAACGUCCUGGACACUUUCUGAUUUUUAUGAUUAUCUGUCACCUGACUACUCCCCCACUGUAGUUUACCCAGAUGAUACCCAACCAUCACCACCAGACAUGGAGGAUGAAAACUGGCCCUUUGUUGGUGCCGCAGUCCCUUCUAACGCCAAACCUUCUGGCCUUGAUGAUGGUGCAUCUGGGGCUUCAAAUACAGCAGGUUCACCAAGAGCUAACACUGGUUGUCUUCCUGGAUUUCAGCGUAUAAAUGGGACAUGUCUCUCUGCGUGUAAGGUCUUCAACGCUUACUGCUUCAAUGGAGGGCAGUGUUACGUGAUUGACGGUAUUGGUGCUUUCUGCCGAUGUAAUGUCCAGGAGUUUAUCUGGAACAAGGGUUCCAGGUGCGAAUCUUCCAUUUCAGAUUUCCAAGUGAUGUGUAUAGCAGUGGGCGGAGCCACCAUCAUGUUGCUCGUUCUUUUCAUGAUCAUUGUCUUUUUCUCCAAGAAGCUGUACCUGCUUAAAACUGAAAACCAUCAACUUCGCAAGCGCAGUAAGUACCGUCCACAGUCGGAUCAGCCUGUCGAUAACUUCUCGCUGUCCACUGUUGCUGAAAACUCUCAGGCAAAUAAAACCAUGAGCAGAUAUACGUGGGAAUAUAAACCCAAAGAGGAUUGCUGCUGUGAGGAUGACACUGCCAAGAAAGAGCCAGAAUGUCCCAAAUGUCCCCCUGAAGAGCCUGAUUGUCCCAAAUGUCCCCCUGAGGAGGACGAGCUUCUGAACACCCAGAACUCGCUCACGCCAAAUCUUGAAAACAAAAAGGCAGAGGGUGAAGACAACGCAGAGGAGGGUGGUGUGACCAUCGACUUAGAGUUGCUUCUUCCCAAGGAAGCGAAAAUGCACCCCGAGACAAGCCCCCCUCUGCAAUACAAUGUUUUCCUCUACAAGCACCCCAAGUCCCCUAAAAAGUCCCCCGUGUUGCGUCACCCUCCAGGCAGAAUGGGACAGGGGAGGCCUUUGUCUCAACUCUGCCCCAGACGCAGCUCUGAGCCUGGUUACAGCCCCAGCAGCACGCGAUCCCUACCGGGAGUUCUCUCCGGAUCAUCAAGCCCUCAUCUUGGUGCAGCCUACACACCUUAAUAUAAAAGAAUCCUUCAUCAGGGACUGAGAUGAAAAUUAUACAAAUAAAAAAAAAAUACACCUUCACAUCUGUGGCCACAACCAUUUUUAAAAGACACUGAAUAGUGAUAAAACGUGGAUAAAGAGAAGAAAUUCCAGUAAUGUAUUAUUACAAGCUGUUGGGUGUAUACAAACACUGUUUUUUUACCUAAAUUCAUGUAUGACAUAAACACAAUAACAACCUAGAAUGUUCUAGGUUAAUUUUACCCAGGGGUGGGGUUUGUACAUUUUGACCAAACAUGGGUCUAAACAUCUCAGCGUAUUUUAGUGUGUAAUGAACAGAAAAAGUGGAUAAACUGUUAUUAGAUUUUACAGACACAAAUGUUGUGUUACGAUGUCAAAAAAAAAAAAUGUAUUCACACAUGCAUCCACAGAAAUGUUGGAACCUGUAAACAUUCAGGGUAAACAACAACUUGAUAACUUUUAUUAACAUGGUGCUUUUGUGUUUUUAAUGUUAGAUUAAUACUUUCACUUGGAAUAAAGAACUUUAGAAUUGUUUAGA